UAUUUUCUGGGAGUUGCCGUAUUGGGAAACUCAUCUUCUUCGGCAUAACCUUGAUUUCAUGCACAUUGAGAAAAACUUCUUCGAUAACCUCACGAACACAUUGUUAAAUGCUCCUGGAAAGACAAAAGACAACGUCAAAAGCAGAUUGGAUCUUCCAGGUCUAUGCAAAAGGCGUGAUUUAGAGAUGAAAGAGGAUGGAACGAUGCCCGUGCCAAUAUUCAGGCUGUCAAAUGCGGCUAAGCGAGAAUUCCUUCUGUGGCUGAAAAAUGAUAUAAAAUUCCCCGAUGGAUAUUCCUCCAAAUUUAGUCGAUGUAUUGACGAAAGCAAUUUAAAGCUACAUGGACUGAAAAGUCAUGAUUGUCAUGUCAUUAUGCAACGACUCUAUCCAUUUGCAUUCGCGGAACUUCUUCCAAAAAAUGUUCAUACGGCAAUUAGAGAUAUUGCCCUCUUUUUCCGAGAUAUCUCUUCGAGGAUUUUGAAAGAAUCAGAUAUUGGUCUUUUAAAGGCAAAUAUCGGUGUGAAGCUUUGUAACUUGGAAAAGAUUUUUCCUCCAUCGUUCUUCGAUGUUAUGCAACAUCUUCUUGUGCACCUUCCAGAUGAGGUAGCCUUAGGUGGGCCCGUCCAUUUUAGGUGGAUGUAUGUAUUUGAAAGAUACAUGUACCAUUUGAAGAAGAUGGUCAGAAACAAAGCACGCAUUGCGGGUUCGAUAGUUGCACAAUGGAUAAACGAGGAGAUUUCAAGAGCAUCCUCAAAUUAUUUUGGUCAUCCUGAGAUCAUGAGCAUUCCAGAAGGUCCAAAUGAUAUUCGUUUCUCAUACAAUUAUCCGGAUGUACCACCUUUGUUUUACCACGAAGGGAGAAUCAGUGGUCAAUGCUCAACUGGUUGGUUAAAUGAUAAAGAUAACACCGUUCUUCAGACAUUUAUGAUGCUCAACUGUGAAACAUUUGCUCCAUAUGAAAGGUACCUUAAUAUUAUGAAAAUAUAAUAUAAAUACAUAUUUCUAGUUACAUAACUAAUAUUUUAAAUGUGUGCAGGAUGUUUGAAGAAUAUAUGACACGGAGUAUUCCUGAUAUUACUCAAGUUGCAAUGCAAAAAGCGAAAGACACCAACUUUGCAGAGUGGUGCAAAGACUAUGUGAGUUUUUGUUUUAAUAUUAUCAAGUUCCACAAUUUAUUUAUUUUAUGAUGUAAUUUAUAACAAUGUUAUUCUAUUGCAGAUUAAUGAUGCGACUCAGUUUUACACAUUUCCUAUGUGGAUGUUGGAUUUUGUACAAGGUCCUAGGCGCAAUUAUAGGUCUUGGCCAAUAUAUCACACCCGGGGAUACACUUUCCACACACAUAACCACGGUCAAAAUAGAAAAACUCAACAUUAUGGUGUUUGUGUUCCUGGAACCAAUGAGACAGACUACUAUGGCCUCAUACAGGAGAUUAUGAUGGUGGAGUAUCAUGGUGAUGUUGGCUUGAAGGUCAUGAUUUUUAAAUGUUCGUGGUUUGACACCACGGAAAAUCGCGGUAUGAGAAUACAUCCAUCUGGUUUUGUUGAUGUCUCACCACGAAGACAAUAUGCAAAAUAUGAUCCUUUUGUAUUACCUGGUAAGUGAAAUAUAUAUGUGCUUGAGAUUUAAUGUUUGAUGAAAAUCCAUAAUUUUAAACUUCGAUGUUAUUGUAUCAUGACCAGGUAAUUGUGAUCAAGCAUGUUUUAUUUCUUAUCCACGGGUACGCCGACAUUCUGCCGAUGAUUGGUGGGCAUGCGCAAAAAUUAUUCCUCGAGGAAUCCGAGAAACGUCCGAAAUUGCUUUAACUGCGUGGCAGGAUGAUAGACGUGACCAAGUUGCAGAAAGUUCAUUGUUACGGGUGGAAACACAUGUUGUUGACGAUGUUUCUGAUUAUGAUCUUGUCCCGGUGAAUCCUCCAAACGAUGAAUAUGUAUCAGAUGUUGAGGUACAAUCAGACGGUGAUUCAGAGUAGUCAAAUAUAUGCUUAAGGUUGUAAAAUAUGUUAUAAGGUUUGUAAAAUAUGUUGUAAGGUUGUAAAAUAUGUUAUAAGGUUUGUAAAAUAUGUUGUGAGAUUGUUGGAAAAAUUAUAUUAUGUAAAAUAUAUGAAUGUAAUAUAUGAAUGUAUGAAGGGUUUGAAUUGUAGUU